GUUUGUCCCCGGUGCAUCAUGGGAAACGUGUCUCCUAUCGCUGUCCUGUGUACUUUUUCCUUUUUUUUCCCCACCCUUCGUUUUAUUGCGAGAACAACGCUUAAGAGACUCAAGAAUAAAAUCCAAUUUUACAGCUGCAAUCUCCCGCGAACUUUUCACAGUUGAUCUUUAAUCGUCAUGGCCCGUACCAAGCAGACUGCUCGUAAGUCCACUGGAGGCAAAGCCCCACGUAAGCAGCUGGCCACCAAGGCUGCGCGUAAGAGCGCCCCAUCCACUGGUGGCGUGAAGAAGCCCCAUCGCUACAGGCCCGGUACUGUGGCUCUGCGUGAGAUCCGUCGUUAUCAGAAGUCCACUGAGCUGCUGAUCCGCAAGCUGCCUUUCCAGCGCCUGGUGAGGGAGAUCGCCCAGGACUUCAAGACCGACCUGCGUUUCCAAAGCGCAGCCAUCGGAGCUCUGCAGGAGGCCAGCGAGGCCUACCUGGUGGGCCUGUUCGAGGACACCAACUUGUGCGCCAUCCACGCCAAGCGUGUCACCAUCAUGCCCAAAGACAUCCAGCUGGCACGUCGUAUCCGUGGGGAGCGUGCUUAAAAUGUUUUUUCUGAUUUAUUAUUACAUGCUCUGUCCUCUUGUCCCUUCACCACCUUUUUCCACCCCUUUCCUUCCUCUAUACUUAAUUAGUAGUUUGGUUUGAGGUUCUAUAUAUAUAUCAUAUGAUUGUGAUAACCGUAAAAUGUGUGACUAUGUCUUCUUUGGUGCUACUAGUAGCAGACUUUCCUUAAGAGAUAUCUUCAUGUAUGUUUGAAACUUUGAUUCACAGUUAUGCUCACUCACUUCCAUCUAGCUUGCUCACGGGAAUACUUUGUCAUCUCUGUGAUUAGGGAGUUUUUGCAAGCAAAGACUAGUGUAUGAUCUAAAAUAAGCAUAGGAAUUAGCAUUCAGACAUUUUCAUCUUCAGACGGACACAUGUUGAUAUAAUGGGUCUUCGUUAAACUUUUUUUUUUUAAACAAAUUUGUUGUAAAAGUAGGGAUUUCUUUUUCUUUUUUACAAUAAUGGUGUAUUUCUACUGUUUCAUUGAAAUGUAUCAUAAUACAAAAGUUUGAUUCUGGUUCUCAAUUAGUAACGUCAUUGUGCUUUGAUGACUGCAUGGUUUGACAGACUACGAGCGGCAUAUAUGUAGCAGACCUUUGUUGAUCAAUGUUUUGAUUUUCAGCCAUGUUCUUAUGUCCAGGUAAUGUUUGGACUUUUGGUUCCUCUCUCAGGUUGGUAUGGUAACCUAGUUUUUUUUUUUCUACUGUGUUUGAUUUAUGUUUUCAGUCAUAUUUUUAAAAGCAAAAAUAUUUGUACCCUGGAAUUCACAUACAAACAUAAUAAACAGAUUCUUGUGGUCA